CGACAACAACAACAACAUUAUCAGCAAUUGAUCCUGAAGAUCAAUCAUCAUUUUGGUCAUCAUUCGAUUCGAAUGAUCCAGAAAAAGUUUCCAUUAUCAAUAGUGUUAUGAACAGUAUCCAACAGACACAACAACCACCAUUGAAUGGUGGUGGUACAACAGAUUCACCUUCCAGUAAUAAUAAUGUAAAUGGUCAUAGUAAUAGCCGAUUGGAUGAACAACGAAGAUUAUUAAUUGAAGAAGUACGUAAACGUCCAUGGAUUUAUUAUAAAAAAGAUCCAGGAUACAAUGAACGUAUUCGUAUACAACAAUCAUGGAAGGAAAUUUCCGAAUUAAUCGGUUGGGAUGAGGAAAUGUGUAAAUCAAAAUGGCGUAAUGUACGGGACGCAUAUCGAAAAAUACAACGAUCUCAUCAGAAAAAUCCAAAUGAUUUAAGUUAUGUUAAUCGUCAUCCUGAAUUAUCAUUCCUAGAUGAUUGUCCAUUUAAACCACGUUCAAAAAAUAGGGCUAAAUCGAAAACAAAAUCCACAUCAUCAUCAUCAAUGAUACAAGCAUCGGGUAAUUCAUCAUCGACAUUUAAAUCUUCUGUAGCCAUUAUUGGUGAGAAACGACAAACACGUGCAUCAUCAGCAGCUGCAUUAAUUGUACCGAAUGCCAAUCCAUCCGCACAACAACAACAACAAACGAAACAAUCACCAAAUAAUCAUAGAUUGAAUAAUGAAUCACAUUCGAACAUUCCCAAUUCCACCGUAGCAACUUCAACAACUACUCAGGUUAUUGGUACAUCAACAAUACAGAAUGGAUCAUCAAUGAUACAUCAUUUACAACAUCAUAAUCAAAUGAAACCAAUGAUUUCGGUGGUAACUAAACCAAGAAAAACAAUACAAUUUAAUAAUCCAAAUCAUUCAAAUAACACGAAUUCGAACAUCUUACGAUCUCCGGCAGUAUCACAAUCACAAUCAUCAUCAUCAUCAUCGACACAAUCCAUACAAAAUCAUUACCAUCCAUCAAAUCGAUCUGGUUAUAAUAAUAAUAAUAAUCAUCAACAACAACAAAAUUGUCUCACAACAAAUACAACAUAUAUGAAUCGUUCUAUAGGAGGAAAUAAUAAUAAUUCUCAAUCAAUAUUGAAUCAAACACUUACGAAACCUUUGGCAGCAACACAAUCAUCAGGUGCAACUAAUAAUCAUAAUUACUAUCAUCAUCACCAGCAACAACAACAACAACCGACGAUAAUGAAAAAACCACGAUUAUCAUCAUCAUCAUCGCCAUAUCAAAUGUUAUCGACCAAUAAUAAUAAUCAUAAUCAAAAUCAUUUAAAUUCCAACAACAAAAUCAAUUCAACAAUUAAUAAACAUCAAAUGGAUGAAAUUCUUUCAAUUGUUAGGCAAUUGCAGAAUCGUCGUGAUGAAAAUCAUUCCGUAUUAGGUACAUUAUCCAAUAUGAUUGAUCAAUUACCAUUGGAAAGGCGUGCAUCAGUAUUUGGCAAAAUAUUCAAUAUGGUAGCAGAAGAAUUACGAUUAUAUAAUCUUGAAAGAAAUGGUGAUCCAAAAUCGACCACAAACAACAACAACAACAACAAUAAUAAUAACGCACAGACAUUAAUGAUGGUGAAAAAGAAUCAUCGACAACAUAAUAAUCAUCGUACACGUACUGCUGAAUUAUUAACAUUGAAAAAUGACGAUAAUGAUGAAGAUGAUGAUGAUGAAUAUGUUGAAUAUAUCGAUGGUGAUAAUUUUGAUGGUUGUUAUGAUGAUGAAUCCAUUGUCACGGCAACAACAAUGAUGGCUGUUAAUCAUGUCCAUGGCGGCAACGACGACGACGAUGAUGUUGACGAGGAUGACAUGAUGGAUUAAUUUUAUUUGAUUUAAAAUUGAAAAAAAUUA